GAGGGUAAUGUGUUUUUGUCCUGCAGGUGACAUACACCAUCUUGAAGAGGUGAGCUUUGUGCUGCUGGGCUGCAGGAAUUCUGGGAAAAGUUCUGCAGGAAACACCAUCCUGGGCCAAGAAGAGUUUGACUUACAGGAAAGCGCACAGUGUGUGAAGAGACAAGGAGAAGUAGCAAGGAGGAAAAUCACUGUGGUUGAAGCUCCAGGAUGGUGCAGUGAUACACCUGUAGCGGAGAGCAAUGAGUUACUGAAAGAAGAGAUAAUCUGCAGUGUAUCCAUGUGUCCUACAGGUCCAUAUGCUGUACUAGUGGUGGUAAAUGGGGACAGGAUUUUCACAGAAAAAGACAGAGAGAUAUUAGCAGGAUAUCUGAAUCUCCUUGGUGACAAAGUCUGGAGUCAUACCACAGUCCUGUUCACCUUUAGGGACUCUCUGGGAGACACAACCAUAGAGAGACACAUUGAGAGUGAAGGGGAGGCUCUCCAGUGGCUGGUUGAGAAAUGUCAUAACAGAUAUCAUGUUUUUAACAAUAAGAUGGAUGAUGACUCUCAGGUUAUGGAGCUGCUGGAGAAGAUAGAGAAGAUGGUGGCAGGAAACAGAGGCUGUCAGUUGGAAAUGGACAUGAAGAUAUUACCAAAAGUGGAAGAGAGCAGGAGAGAAGAGGAAGAUAAAUCAAAGAAGAGAAGGAUGAAAGGCAUGAAAUAUUCACCAUAUUUCAUGAAUCAAAUGUUUUAUACAAACCAUCUCUCUGAAGUGAGGAGUGUGCUCCUGGGCUGCAGGAAUGCUGGGAAAAGUUCCUCCGGAAACACCAUCCUGGGUAGAGAAGAUUUUGACUUACAGGAAAGUGCACAGUGUGUGAUGAGACAUGGAGAAGUAGCAGGGAGGAAGAUUACUGUGGUUGAAGCUCCAGGAUGGCAGAGAAAUAAAGCUGUAAGGAACUCCUGUGACUUACUUAAACAGGAGAUUGUCCACAGUGUGUCCAUGUGUCCUCCAGGUCCCCACGCGGUACUGCUGGUUCUGCGUUUAGACUUCAAAUCAUGGAAAAGUGAGAAGAAUGUCUUACAGGGAUAUCUGAAUCUUCUUGGUGACAAUGUCUGGCAUCAUACCAUAGUUCUGUUCACUUUCGGGGACUCUCUGGGAGACUCAACCAUAGAGCAGCAUAUUGAGAGAGGAGAAGCGUAUAUCCAGUGGCUGAUUGAGAAAUGUGGAAACAGAUAUCAUGUUUUUAACAAUAAGAAGAGGGAUGAUGACUCUCAGGUCACAGAGCUGCUGGAGAAGAUAGAGAUGAUGGUGGCAGGAAACAGAGGCUGCCAUUUGGAAAUGGACACAAAGGUGUUAACAAAAGUGGAACAUGAAACAAAGAAAAAAAAGAAGGAAAAGAAAUCAAAGGUGGAAGAGUCUGCAGCUCCAAACAGUCCUCCUGUUCGUCGGCCUGCUAAGAUGGUUUCCCCUAUUCCCUCUGGGCCCCUUUCCCAUACGCAUCAAAACAACCCUGGAAAGGUUUUUGAGCCAGAGGACCAGUGCAAUCCUAAGCUCACACAUUCUACCCAAGUCAAGGGUCCCGCCACCUCCCAAAAACAUCAACCAGCAGACAUUCAACAAUUUACUCCUGAAUUGGGUGAAAUAUGUGCUGAGGAUAAGAACGGACAUGAAUACAGGUUUCUCUGCCCUCAUGCUGGUCAGUUUAUGUGCAAACUGACCAACCUUGUGUUUGAGAUGGAAGGGAAAGGGGAAGUGCUGUACAGAAUAGUGUCCUGGGACAGCAGUCUCUUGGAUGAAUUAGGCCAGAAGCCUGCAGGGCCUCUGUACAAUAUUGACUGCCUUGAAGGUUCAAUCUGUCACCUGCACCUUCCACACUGUGAGACCCGCACAGAUGUGGUGGAACUGACUGUGGCACAUGUGACUGAUGGAAAUAUGGAGAUCAUUCAGCCGCUAAAAGUAACAAACACACACGUGAUCAUAAACAUUCAAGAUCUCUCCCGCUUUGGUCUCAUGAUAUCACGUUGGUCUAUUAAUAAGAAAGCACAAGUUCUACUGUUCUAUGAAAAAAGGAUGAGUAAACUAUAUAUCCAUCUGCUGCCAAAGAAUGUCCCAGUUAAAGAGGUGCAGAAAAUACAUGAGAGCAACACAUAUAUUAUGACAAGCUCCAAAUGUCAGCUGACCCCUGGUAAAAAGUACAGACCGUGCUGUAAAACUACUGACUGUGAUUAUGUAUCCCAACCAGAGGAUGAGAAAUUUGAUUGUGACUAUGACCCCAACUAUCACCCUACAUUUGAGGUGCUUUUUGAUCCUGCGGUUAAUAAAGUCACAUUAAGUGUUAUAGAUGAAAAAGACCAGGUGGUGUGGAGGCCUCGUAUGGUCCUGCUUACAGGUCCAGAGAGAGCCUCACCCAGAAUGGAUACAACAGGUGCUGACUUUGUGGAUCAACACAGAGAAAAGCUCAUUCAGAGAGUUUUUUCAGUAAUGGAGAUAGCAGACCGUCUGAAAAGCAAGAAAAUGAUUAGUGAUGAAAUGUACAGUAACAUCAGUGUUGAAUCUUCAUCUUAUAAGCAAAUGAGGCUCCUGUACAGAUGUCUCGACUCAGGAGGAAGAGCUGUGAAAGCAGAAUUCUAUAAAAUCCUCAGGGAGAAACAGCCUUUCAUAGUGGAUGAUCUGGAGUCUGGAGUAAGCCUGACUUAG